AACUUUAUAUUAUUUCUCUGCCCCUUCCUUCCAGAUCAAAUCGCCCCCCUGCAAUCUAGGGUUCCGUAAAUCUCCUGACAUCAUCUUCCUAUCACAUUUCCGCUCAACUCUCCUUCACGAUCUGCUUGCUUCCACACCUUCAUCAUGACCAUUGCUGAUUCAGCUUCCUUCAUGGAUAACGGAUCACUUUGCUUGCCCUGCACGCCACACGAAGAGGCGAAGAUUGUCAAGGAGUUAACUGACAAGGCUGAAUCUUGUUCCAAAGAAGGCGAUUUGUAUUAUGUUAUAUCCAACAGGUGGUUUUCACGAUGGCAGAGAUAUGUCGGUGAGGAAACUGGUGAAUACAUCUUCGAAGAGCUUUCUACUGAUAAAGAAGCUUCAUCGUUGACAAAAGCAGGCGAGAGACCUGGGCCAAUUGAUAACACAGAUAUAAUUACAAAUGAAGGUGGUCGUGAUGUUAGUGACCUACAGCUUCCUAGAACACUAAUCGAAAGAAGUGAUUAUGUUUUAGUUCCUCAAGUAGUUUGGGAGAAGCUUCAUGGAUGGUACACAGGGGGACCGGCUUUGCCGAGGCAGAUGAUAUCCCUUGGUAUCCAGAAGACGUUAUCAGUUGAGGUGUACCCUCUUGCUUUAAAAGUGAUCGAUUCAAGAGACAAGAGUGAAAUAAUCAUACACAUAAGUAAAAAGGCUUCAUUACGGAAACUUUAUGAACAAGUCUCGUCACUCAAAAGGGUAGACAUAGAGAAGGUACGCAUCUGGGACUAUUUUAACGAUUGCAAGCAAACAGCAUUGGCUUCUUCAGAUCAAACCCUGGAAGAGUCUAACUUGCAGAUGGAUCAAUCUAUUCUUUUUGAUGUGCAAAUUGAUGAAUUUAUACCCUCUGGAUUUGGCAUGGAUUCAACGGGAAAUCAGUUAGCUUUGGUUCUCAUGGAACCACCAAGAUCGUCUCACACCAUAGCCGGUGGCCCAAGUUUGUCAAACGGUAAUGGGCUAGAUUACGGUUAUGGUUCUACUUUGUACCAGGGGCCCACAGUAGGCUCAGCGUCUACAGAUACGGAACACAAACGCGAUUCCGUAAGAAGUGAUCUCCAAAGAGAUAGAGGUUUAGCGGGAUUGCAGAAUUUGGGGAACACGUGUUUCAUGAAUAGCGCACUUCAGUGUCUACUCCAUACAUCACCUCUUGUGGACUACUUUCUCCAGGAUUAUAGUAACGAGAUUAACAAACAGAAUCCUCUAGGAAUGCGUGGUGAACUUGCGGUUGCGUUUGGCGAGUUGCUGAGGAAACUUUGGUCUUCGGGUCGUACUGCGGUUGCUCCUCGCGUGUUUAAAGGAAAACUUGCUCGGUUUGCUCCGCAGUUUAGUGGAUACAAUCAGCAUGAUUCUCAAGAACUCUUAGCCUUCCUUCUGGACGGGUUGCAUGAAGAUUUGAAUCGUGUAAAGCAGAAGCCUUAUAUCGAGACAAAAGACUCUAAUGGUCGCCCCGAUGAGGAAGUUGCAAAUGAAUUUUGGAGCUAUCACAAAGCUCGAAAUGAUUCGAUUGUAGUUGAUGUCUGUCAGGGUCAAUAUAAGUCAACACUGGUUUGUCCAGAUUGUGGCAAAAUCUCGAUCACAUUUGACCCGUUCAUGUACUUGUCAUUGCCACUACCUUCAACCGCCACCCGAUCAAUGACUAUAACUGUAUUUUAUGGAGACGGAAGUGGCUUGCCAAUACCAUUUACCAUUAGCGUUCCAAAAUACGGUUACUGUAAGGAUCUCUUUCAAGCUUUGGGUACUGCAUGUUGCUUAGAAAGUGACGAAACCUUGAUUCUUGCAGAGGUAUACGAGCACAAGAUAUAUCGCUACUUGGAUAAUGGAGAAUCAUUGCACACAAUCAAAGAUGACGAAUGCAUUGUGGCUUACCGACUUUCAAAGAAACACGCAGGGUUUCCCAUGCUAGAGAUAUGCCACAGAUAUCUUGAGAAUGUGAAACCCGAUGAAAGAACAAGAUCUUUGACACCCUUGGUUACUCAUCUAGAAGGCGCAAAAAGCGGCACUGAUAUCGAGUUAGCAGUUAACAGAGUUCUGAGCCCACUGAAAAGGAAAGUUCUUUUGUCAACAAACACGAGUGACGGUAUGAAAGUCAACGGCCUUGUUUCCGACACCACUGAAGAAUCGACCAGUGACUGUCAGAUGGAUACUCAAGUUGGUCACCCGUUUGGGGAUAAAGACUCGGAGGAAGCAUAUAGCAAUGAAUUAUCAUUCCGUUUAUGCAUAAACGACGAUAGGGGUAUGAAUGGCAAACCGAUUUUGAAAGAUUCCGUUGUAAAACCUAGUAAAAUCAUGAAAGUUGUUCUGGAUUGGACCGACAAGGAUCAUGAGUUGUAUGAUUCGAACUACCUCAAGGAUCUUCCAAUGGUUUAUAAACCCGGGCUUACGGUUAAGAAAACGAAACAAGAAUCUAUCUCAUUGUUUUCUUGUUUGGAUGCAUUCUUAAAGGAGGAACCUCUAGGACCUGAGGAUAUGUGGUAUUGCCCUGGUUGCAAGGAACACCGACAAGCAACCAAGAAACUAGACUUGUGGAGGUUGCCCGAUAUUAUAGUCUUUCAUCUUAAAAGAUUCUCGUACAGCCGGUUUCUGAAGAACAAACUCGACACUUUUGUGAAUUUUCCGAUUCAUAAUCUUGAUUUAAGCAAGUAUGUUAAAAAUAAAGAUCCAUCUGGUGGAGCCAAUGUUUAUGAGCUGUAUGCUAUUAGCAAUCAUUACGGCGGCCUUGGUGGCGGCCAUUACUCUGCGUAUGCAAAGUUGGUUGAAGAAGAUCGAUGGUAUCAUUUUGACGAUGCACAUGUGACUCCUGUAAGUGAAGGUGACAUUGUGACAUCAGCAGCGUAUUUGUUGUUUUACCAAAGAGUGAAAACUGGUAAACCUAACGAACCGACGGGGGAGUCUAGUACAGUUCACGAGGAUUUUUGAAUAGUGAACAAAUAACAAGAAUCAGAAGCUAAUCAUAUGAUAUAGGGCUCACCAAAACGUCAAGAUUCGACUGAUGAAGUUAGGGAUUUGAUUAAAUUGACAACACAAGUUUUGAUGAAAAUGGGGAAUGGAUUAUAUGUAAUUAGGAAGCAGGAAGGGUGUAGUUAUAUUGUCACAAUUGGCUGGCCUACUCUUAACAACUUGAUAUUUUAAUGAAGAUGAUUUUGCAUAUGCAGUAUCACCUGGCUUUUUUAUUGUAUUGAUUCUUUGAUUUACGGUUGGUAUGUAUGAUCGUUGCUUAA